AUGGCAUCAUCCCGGACCACUAUAGACAACGGGUCGCAGGCCAAGGACAAGGCUCGAGACAAGAAAUCGCGACGAACAUGGUUCCAGCGCUCGAAGCCUGCUAGCGGCGAGUUCGAAUCUAGAGGCCAGGUCGCUACAGUUCAGACAUUCUACGAGAGCUUUGAUACCGAUAAUGGAACGACCAGUUGGGUUGAUUGGGCACCACCAUCUUUGAUGGCACCGAAGAAAAGAAAGUUCGAAGGUGCAGCGAUUCAGAUCAUGCAGGCUUUACGUGACGAAGAAGAAAUAGUAGCCGGCGGAGACAGAUACUAUGCCCGAACGAUUCGUCUCCAGAGCCCGUACAUUCGCGAAGCGCUUGCUGAAGAUUUCAAGAAGCAAGGGCUGCAUUACGGUGCAUCUGAUCGAGCAGAGUCUCAGUACCCUCACAUGGCCUUGUUCUUUUGUCGCGAACGGAUUGCUGAGAUUUCCAAAAGCGCUGAUGACGAGUUGACCAGACGUCACUGUGAGCUUCUUUGCGAGGUCGUCGAGAAACAGCUCAGCUCAGUCUUGGAUGCCUACGACGAGUAUGAGAGGUAUCAAACGGUAUCAUUCGCCCACGUCUGGAUUUUGUUCCCGGUAGAUUCCAUUUUUGGCAGGCAGCGUUACGGCAAUGUUCGUGCAUAUCAGGUUGACCAAGUUGUACUGAAACCUGAAUAUGUUACGAUCCAUCACCACUCGAUAGAGUUCGACGGCUGUCGAUACGGCAUACGUCUUUCGAGUCGGCAAAUCCUCCACUUCGAGGGCAAGAUGCCUGCGUCAAAGCUGACCCCAGACACAUUCAUCGACUUGUACAAACACCCAGAGGCCCAUGAGUGGAACUCCAGAACAAGUUCCAAUAAGCUCAAGCGACCAACAGCAGAGGAGAUUCAACGAAACAAGGACAUCAUGCUCGGCAAUGAAAACUAUCUUCUGAUCCACACCCCCGAACUCGUUAUUUACUCCUUGCAAGAGGGGAGAUGGGGGAUGGGUGUCGUGGAGAACAUUGAUCCCAUUGGUCUCGAUGCAGAAGUCUUCGACAAGGUAGUGUAUGAUGAGAAGAAGAAAGAUAUACUAAGAGCCUUGACCAAAAGUCAUGUAGAAGAGGGUGCCAACUACAGCGAUCUCAUUGCUGGCAAAGUUGCCGAUCACCUUGGACGGCCACUACUGCGGGUAGCGUCUGUAGGCCCUCCGCCAAGAGUCUAUGAUAGUAGUUCGGAUUCGGAGUCUUUGAGGACUUUAAAGCGCAAACCAAAAGGGCUGAGCAGCGAACUCGAAUCAAAGAUAGACAGGGCAUCAGAAUGGGGCGGACUGGUACUUUUCGACGCGUUCUUGCGGCACAUUGAAUAUUUCAAAGGUAUCGUCUUCCUCACAACAAACGUCAACUCGUCCAUCAAUACUGCACUUCAGUCCCGGGUGCAAAUUCACCUCACCUUUCCAGGGCUCACACGUGCAAUGCGAGCCAAGGUAUGGGGGAAUUUCGUGGACAGAGCUCCCGAUAAUGUUCGAAAACUUGAUGGCCCAGAAAUCGCACGACUAUCAGAUUGGAGCAUGAGUGGCCGAGACAUCAAGAACACGUACAACAUGGCGAUCGUGCUGUGUCAGCAACGGGAAGUACCUGUCACGGCGGACGCGGUGGAGGACUUGAUCACCCUCGUCAGUCCUUUCGCAAGUCGAGAGGGUAGCUCUGAGCCUACGAAGUCCAUCCGAAACGGAACCAGGCCCAAGACCUCGACAAAGGAAUUGGAGGAAAGCUUGCUAGAUUUGUGA